AUACCUGUUCUUACAGUAAUGAAAAUGUCAUUAACAGAGAAAAGGAUUUGAGGAUGGAAGGACAAUUUCCUGCUGUUUCAUGGUUCACCAUUUCCUUUGACUAAACUUGUUCCAUUCUGUUCUGAAGAAUCUGCGGGCUUUGAGCUACAGUCGCCUAACAGCUUUGAUCAUUCUCGUGCUAUUAAUAUACUCUUUGUUUGGCAUUGACAAGCGUUUGUUAUACAAGUUAUUAUCGUAUAGAUUUCGAAACACAUUGUUUACGUCCCAUUACAAAUUCAAUUCAUAAUGAUUUCACGGUUAUUAUAGUUAGAACGUGGGAAGUAAUUUAAGCCAGUUUCUGCCGUUUAUCUAACGUUGUUAAUAAAACAUCUCUGCAAUAUGAUUAACAGUAUUUCCGAUGGAAACCACUGUCCAAGAGAAAUGUAUAGCGUUUUAUAUUGUUCGUAGCCAUUCAUUUUCUCCGUGCCAAGGGGAGAAGCUAUCGGUAAAUGUAAUGCAUUAUGUAUGAGUGCGUUUCGGAAAACGGAGCUUCCUUAAGAUCCGCCAUAAACAAGGAUUGUAUCUUCCCCUUUCAUGUUUCUCGAUGCGUUAGAAACCGCUUUUUUUUAAGAACAAACCCUCUCAAGAUUGUUGAUUCCAUUAACCGAAUAAAAAUAAAUAUCGAAAACGAAUCUUUAUUCUAAAAUCAUUGUUACUUUAGUCGAUAUUUUAGAAAGCUAUUUAUGUACAGUGAUCUCAAAGGAUUUCGGAUCAGCUUUGUAAAAUAUAUAUAAAAAAUGUGGCAAGUACUAUGUUUUCGGUAUACUUCGUUAAUAUCAAACGUGGUAUGUAUGUUAGGUAUACUUUAUAAAACUAAAUGUAUGUACAUACAUACAUAUAGAACACUGACAUGAAAUUACUCAUUUGCAACGACGUUCAUGAAUUCGAGAAGGCAUUGAAUUUAAACUGGACAAAUGUUAUAACCUAGCUCGCUAAUGAGUGGAGAUACACGCGAUAAUGUUAAAUUAGCGGUGUAAGUAAUUGUUUUAAGGGUAAUUGCAGUCUGUUCAUGUGGCUGCAAAUUGAAAAAGUCUUAUCCCGUUAACGGUUUGGCGCACCGUUAAUGCAUCAUUUUCUCGAAGAUAACGCGUUAAAAGGAAGAACAGUGCUUAAAAAAUAUCCCUCAUGUUAUUUCCUUAUCGCAAAUGCACUCCUAGGUCUCGUUGGCUAACAUUUAAUGGUACGCUAUCCUUUGUCCCUGAGGUUCAAUUCUAUUCUUUGUUAAAUGGCUUUAAAAUCGUUGUCUCUAGUACUUAAGACUUCUUUUCGGUUUUCCAAUUUGAGGAAAUAUCCUAUUCUUCAUAAAAGGGAAGUCCUAACGUAAGUUUCUUAAAAGAUUCUUAUCAUUUUUUUGUCUCUGUCUACUUUAAUUCUUGAAGAAUUAAGAGAUGAAAUACUGUUUAGUAGGAGAUGGAUACGGUGAGGGAAUAUUUAGGAUAUAUCAAUCCUCAUUGGAUAGCAGUGGUGGCGACAGGCAUGUACACUCAUCUUCGACAAAUUUGCAUAAUUGGUUUGUGUUUCGAAGAAGAUAAUAAUCCGCCCUUCGAUCCGUCGUAUGCAUCGGUACUUUUCACUUUCUCCGUACUGUGCCUUCUUGCCGAAUAUAGACUGUGGCCUAGGACCCUCAAAGAACCACCGAUUCAACUUCUCUAUAUUUAUGAAAUGUUAAUAGCAGCAUUGAUCACAAAUUUAACCACGCGUGCCAUUUGGGUACCACUUAUGCACGUUAUUUACUGCUUAACUCAAGAAUCCAGUAAAUGCUUAUUGUGGUUGAAUACAGUACUGGGGAUGAGUCGUUAUUCAUGUUUGACCGAGCUCGCGUAUUACAUGGCGCAAGACUACGCAGCGACGCACAUGGCCUUUUGUAUGUCGGUCCUCUCGUUCGUUUGGAUGUUGGACGCCACCGAGUCUUUGGAUACGAUUUUGGACAGUUGGGCCAAGUAGUGAACCAGUAAUGUUUAGCUUUAUAAGACACCUGCAUUAUAAGAGGCUCUCAAGUAACAUACCAUUUACUUUAGAGUCACAAUUAAUGUUUUACUAUAUUUUUUUAAGCCCUUUUACUAUUAUGUUUAUUAUAUACAAUAUGUUUAAUAUUGUUUAACCGGAUAAAAAUAGAUAACUGUAAUAAAAUAUGACUGGCCAAAGUUUAUGAUAACGAUACUUAUUUAGGGACCAAAGCAUCGAAGAUUUCUGUACGUGUAAGAGGAAGAGAAUAAGCUUCGCAAAUCCAGAAGUGACAGACUGGUU